GUUUUCAAGGUAGCACCGCGCACCAGCUGACUUCUUCCCCCCGGAUACAAAGGCGCUGCUUUCUAGUUCCGGGGCGGCACUUGGUUAAACGUGAGCGAGUUGAGGUUGAGAGAGAGAGAGGUGGGGAGAAGAUCAUUCCAUCAUUAAUUGAAGCCAAUGGAGCCUCUACAAAUUACAGAAGAAAUACAGAACUGGAUGCACAAGGCUUUUCAAAUGGCCCAAGAUGCCUUGAAUAAUGGAGAGGUUCCUGUUGGCUGCCUUAUGGUUUAUGACAACCAGGUUGUUGGAAAAGGAAGAAAUGAAGUUAAUGAAACAAAGAAUGCAACACAACAUGCAGAAAUGGUUGCAAUUGAUCAAGUGCUGGAUUGGUGUGAAAUGAACAGCAAGAAAUCCACAGAUGUAUUUGAAAAUAUAGUUUUGUAUGUAACAGUAGAACCCUGCAUCAUGUGUGCUGGUGCUCUGCGGCUGCUCAAUUAUAAAUCCCUCUUGUGGUAUAUGGCUGUCGGAAUGAACGAUUCGGAGGUUGUGGAUCAGUGCUUAAUGUUUCUGGUGAUGAUAUACCUGAUACAGGAACCAAAUUCAAGUGCAUUGGUGGAUACCAAGCUGAAAAAGCUAUCGAAUUUCUCAAAACAUUCUACAAACAAGAAAAUCCUAAUGCUCCAAAAUCUAAAGUGCGUAAAAAGGAGUAAAACAACUGACUGAAACCUCACGAUGAUCAUUUUAAAUCUGCAUUAUUUGUUUUCUGUUAUUGUGGUGAAUUCUGUACUAAGCCGCUGAUAAUAAUGGAUAUCCAGAAGAAACUUGAUUUAAGUACAUACUGAAUAAAUUGUUAGCUGCACUUAUAGUGCUGUCACCGGGACCAGUUUUAUUUGAAAUGUAGAAUCACUGCAGAAAUGGCCUGUAGAGGUCACCAGUGCAGUGCAUAAACAGGAAGACUAAAUAUGGCAUAGUUUAGUCCAGCACACUAGGCUUAAUGCAUGUGUCACAUAAAGUAAGUAACAAGUUAUGCAAGGACUGCUUGCCAACUCUGCAUGAAGGAUGACAACAGCAUACAAAAAAUCCUUGACCCAGAGAAAUUGAUAAAAGACAUUGCUGAAUCUAUUUUUGGUCAUGAACAUAUUUUUGGGAUAAAUGAUAAAUGUGGUUUACUGUUCAGAGAAGUUAUAGCUCUUUUAAAUAUUCUAAAUAUUGGCAUAUUGUACAUGGGGCAGAUUUAUCAAGGGUUGAAUUCCGAAGUAAUGGGAGUUUUUUUGAACUCCCAUAACUUCGAAAUUUGAAUAAAAAAGACCAAUCGAAAUUUAUUUUAUAAAAUCAAAGUUUUUAACUUAGGGUCAAUAGGCUGUAUUCCAAUCGAAGUUUUAGCGAAUUCGAAUCAACGUAUUUGCCCCCAAAAAUGACUCUAAAUAGGUUCUAGGAGGUCCCACAGGUUAAAACAGCAAUUCGACAGGUUUUAGAUGUCCAAUGGUCGACGUCGAAGUUUUAGAGACAGUACAUGAUACAUUUCAAUAUUCGAAUAGUCAAAUUGUUUUCAAAUUGAAUUUUGGCCUAUUUGAUAGUCGAAGUACACAAAAAUAGCUUGAAAUUCUAUUUUUUUACUUUGAAUUUUCACUUCCACCCUUGAUAAAUCUGCCCCAAAAGUUAUACUACCUAUAUUGCUUUCAAAAUUAGAAAAAUCCUCUUUCUUGUGAUUUUAUUCUCUGAUCGAUUUUUGCUUAAAUUUUCAAAUGCUUCUAUAAACUUCAAUAGUCAAGCAAAUUAAGAAUUUUUCAUAAGUUGAGCAAUAGAAAUAUUUCCAUUCAAACAAAUGUUAAUGUGGUUUGAAUGAAUGGUUUGAAUGCUCCUGUUUGAGCUCCUAUAUAAGCUACUGGCAAAAAUAAGAUACAAAAAUUGCUAAAUGCAUACAAAAUUAGCAAUCUGCAGGAGAAAAGGGACUUUCAACAGGGUUGAACUAAAUAAGUUGUCUUAAUUUUUGAUAAAUAAGCUGCUUUUAUGUCUAAAUUUGUCAGGAUUGGCAUACUUUUUUUACCUUUGAAAAAGCCUGUAUUUGCCAAGUAUCUGAAGUUAAACAUAUAUAAAUUGGUAAACUACAGCUAUUGUGUUUUUUAUAGUUAAUAUGUUUUUCAAAAAUAAACCAAAUAAAAUCUAUCAUAUAUAAAA